AUUACAGAUUCCUUCUUCAAAAGGAAUUAAAGAUAUUAAAGUUAAAAAUAUUAAAUCGACAAAUGUUAGGAGUAAGCUUGGCCAUGAAAUGAAAAAUCUUAACAGUCAUAAAAUUGCCAAAGAUGAAAAACCUAAAGUUGAAGUACAGGCAAAGGAAAAGAAGUGGCCUCAUUUACUGGCUCAGAGGGAGAAGAUGAAAGAACUGAACAAAAAAAUUAGAGAGAAUUCUGAAAAACCUGUCUUGGAGAAAUGCCAGAAAAAUCCAUUUUCUCAGGAUUGUAAUUCCAACAGGAUAAUUAAGGAACCUUUUGAAUCUAGAAGGAAAAUCAGCUUCAAAAUCCCAAGAAAAUCUUGUAAUACUCUCCAGAGGGUGGUAGAAGAAAAUGUCUUUAAUUUUGAAUCUAAUAAGUCAAAGACUAAACAAGAGGGAAAAGGUGGCCUGGGAACCUCACGGGUUUCAUUAAAUUUGGCCAGGCACAAAACUGAACGCUUAUUUUCAGAUUCUUCUUGUAAGCAUGAGUGGAAAGGAAAGCAUCAUCAUCAGCGUCAAGAAAGUAAAGAUUCAGUUUCCAAGGAACUGUUUACCCAGAGUUUUGAAACACCGUGUUCUUCAAUGGGACCUGAAAGUAUUCAAGAUACAGAUCAAGAGAUGCAGAUAGUCGAAGAGCUUCAUGCUGCACGCGUGGGGAAAAGUGUGGAUUUACCUGUGGUACCACCUUCUGGAGAGUUAAUGAGUAUGGAAAUUGACUUGGUGGAAGAUGAUGUACAUUCCUCUGCUGGCUUUGAUGGACUUGUGUUAAUAAUUCCCUGGGUUGUUGUGCAAGAGCUAGAUCGUAUGAAGGCAGGGAAACUACUAAAACAUGCGCAGCACAAAGCUAUACCUGCAGUUCAUUUCAUCAAUGACAGCCUCAGAAAUCAGGAUGGAACGCUGUGGGGUCAGUCAAUACAACUUGCAUCUCAAAAACUUUAUGGACUGAGUGAUGAGAACAAUGAUGAUAGGGUAUUAAAAUGCUGUCUUCAGUACCAGGAUUUAUUCCCCUGUUCUCUUGUCAUUCUGUGCACGGAUGAUAGAAAUUUAAGAAACAAAGGCCUAAUAAGCGGUGUGAAGUCACUCAGUAAAGAAGAAUUGAGUGGAGAGCUGUAUAACUUAUCUCUGAACACAGAUUUGUGUCAUCAGCCUUGUGUUUCUAAGCAACGAUUGAAAGCAGAAGCAACACCAGUAGAAGAGAGGUCUGAUGAAAAGUCUAAAAAUUCAGGACUGUCCAUUCGACUUGAACACAUAAUAUCUGAUCUUGAAAAAUCUCUUGGAACAGCUUUAUCUUCAAUAUUAGAAACAGAAAUGAAAAUUGCUUUUGGAAACCUUUGGAUGGAGAUGCUGUACUUGAAACCACCAUGGACUCUAAUACACUUAUUACAGUGCUUUAAAAAACAUUGGUUGGCUGUGUUUGGAUUAGUUAUGAAAAAGAACUUGCUUUUAACUGUUGAGAGACUAUAUGAAAAUCUCUGUAGAGCUAAUAAGGCAGUGGAUUUUACAACAGUGAUCUUCUUGCUUCAGGAUUCUAAAAGUUUGUUACAGGCUUUCAGUACAAGGUCAAAUUAUGAUGGUAUUCUUCCACAGKCCUUUGCUGAAGUGAACAAACUGCUCCAAACAUGUACAGAGGUCAAAACAAAACCGUCGCUAAAUUCUUCAGAAAAUGCAGUGAGUAAAAAACAGGAAGAUAGUUCUUCGAUGAAGUCUCAUAACCAAGAAAUCACUGUUUUCUCCAGUUCUCCUCUUCCCCAACCCAAUAGGCAUCAAGAAAUAUGGUCUAUCCUAGAGAAUCUUUGGAUUACAAUAUAUCAAAACAGUACAGAUGUGUUUCAAAGAUUGGGCUCAAAUUCAACUCUGACUACUUCAAAAAUAGCAUCUUUUGAGGAAGCAUUUAUAUAUCUUCAAAAGUUAAUGGCAGCAGUGAAGGAUAUUCUUGAAGGAAUUCAGAGAAUUUUGGCCCCCAACAGUAAUUAUCAAGAUGUCGAAACUCUCUAUAACUUCCUAAUCAAGUAUGAGGUAAAUAAAAGUGUCACAUUUACUGCCCAGGAACUUUAUGAUUGUGUUUCACAGACUGAGUAUCGGGAAAAGUUAACGAUUGGGUGUCGCCAGCUGUUUGAGAUGGAGUGUACCAUGCAGCAGUGCAAUGCAUCUGUCUAUAUGGAGGCCAAAAACAGGGGAUGGUGUGAAGACAUGCUCAAUUACAGGACUUAAGUGCUGAUUUGUAACUGAAGAGGGAUUGCUUUUGUCAUCAUGAAUAACAGAGUAACUUUCAAUCUGAUUACUUUUUUGAACCAUAUUCUAUAGAGAAUUUUAAAUGUUUUAUAGGUACAAAAAGUGAUACUACUGACAAUCUCAUUGAAGCUCUGAAAAGCUUAAUGCAUCAGUUGUGGGAUAAAUUGUUGAUUCUUCUAGAAUUGACAAUAUGUCCAUACCUCUAUCUGAUACCGAGCCAGUA